GAGUUGAAUGAGUUCUUCCUCUAGAUCUCUGGGCUAGCGGGUGAUGCAGAUACGAGGAUAAUCAGACCAUCUUCAUCAGGAUGUCUGACUCGGAGAUGUCUGAGUUCGCGAGUAUCGUGGAGCGUCUCGAGAGAGGGGAGGUGCAGAUGAAGAGCAUCGAGCGGGAGCUGAUCUGUCCCGUCUGUAAGGAGCUCUUCUCGCAGCCGCUGGUCCUGCCCUGCCAGCACAGUGUGUGCCACCGCUGCGUCCGAGAGCUGCUCAUGCCCAACCACGACGACUCUCAGAGCACCGACGCGGGGUCCGAGUGCUCCAACCCCGGCAGCCCUCGCUCCAGGGUCCCGUCCCCGAGCAUGGAGAAGCUGGACCGGCUGCUGCGAUCAGGGUCCAUAUCUUCUCCUGGAUGGAGGCGCUCCUCCGUCACUCCCCGGGUCACCACCUUCCCGUGUCCCGGCUGUCAGCAUGACAUUGAUCUCGGGGAGCGAGGGAUCAGCAUGCUCUUCAGGAACUUCACUCUGGAGAGCAUCGUGGAGCGUUACCGUCAGGCGGCCCGAGCAGCCGUGGCCAUCAUGUGCAACGUCUGCAAGCCGCCCGUCCAGGAGGCCACCAAGAGCUGCAUGGACUGCAAGGCCAGCUUCUGCAACGAGUGCUUCAAGAUGAACCAUCCCUGGGGAACACCCAAAGCCCAGCACGAGUACGUGGGACCCACCACCAACUUCAGACCCAAGGUGCUCAUGUGUCCUGAGCACGAGAUGGAGAAGGUGAACAUGUACUGUGAGGUGUGCCGGCGUCCCGUGUGUCAUCUGUGCAAGCUCGGCGGAUCUCACGCUAAUCACAGAGUCACUUCCAUGAGCAGCGCCUACAAGAUCCUGAAGGAGAAGCUAUCGAAGAGUAUCCAUUAUUUAAUUAGCAAAGAAGACCAAGUGAGGACACAGAUUUCUGAGCUGGAGGUGUUGAUCUGUGACACAGAGGAGAACGGGCAGCUCGCCGAAAGACGUACCUGCGAACACUUCGAGCGUCUGCUGGAGACGCUUCAGGAGCGGAGGACGGAGAUGCUGCGCUCCAUCGAUCAGAGCCGGAGUCUGCGGGUGGAGCGUCUGCGGGCGCAGGUGGAGGAGUACCAGGGCAUGCUGGAGAACAGUGGCCUUGUGGGAUACGCUCAGGAGGUGCUGAAGGAGACGGAUCAGUCCUGCUUCGUCCAGACGGCCAAACUGCUGCAUGUCAGGAUUCAGAAAGCCACAGAGUCUCUGAAGACGUUCCAGUCGGCUGCGGCGCCAUCGUUUGAGGAGUUUGUGCUGGACACAUCGAAGGAGGAGCUCUUACUGAAGCAGCUGAGCUUCAGCGGCGUUCCUGAGCCUCCAGUGAUCGAUCUCUCUCGCUGCCGCGUUUAUAACGAGGGUCUGAUCCACUGGCGUCUGUCUGAAGACUCUCUGCCCACCGAUCAUCACAUCGUGGAGUUCAGGAAGCUGGGAUCUGAGGCAGAGCAGGAGUCCAGCUGGAGCGCAUCGGAGCCUGUGUUCGGCUGCAGCACGGUGCUGUGUGACCUCAGUGCAGACUCCAGCUACACCUUCAGAGUCAAGAGCUGCAGGAACAGAGUCUACAGCCCCUACAGCCCCGAGGUGACCCUCCACACGCCUCCAGCGCCGGUGUUUGGCUUCCUGUUUAACGAGAAGUGUGGCUUCAGUGCGGAGCGGCUGCAGCUGAGCAAACGCAGGGACUCUGUGGAGAGCGUGGCGGGGAUGAGUUUGCUCUUAUCUGCGGAGCGCGUGCAGAUCGGGAGCUACAUCUGUCUCGACUACAUCAUCGGAGACACGGGCAUCUCUCACGGACGCCAUUACUGGGCUUUCCGUGUGCAGCCCAACUCAUACAUGAUCAAAGUGGGAGUGGCUUCUGACUCCAAACUAACAGAGUGGUUUCACAACCCUCGAGACACCAGCAGCCCCCGGUACGACCAGGACAGCGGUCACGACAGCGGCAGCGAGGACACGUGUUUCGAGGUCUCACUGCCCUUCACGCUGGUCACUGUGGGCAUGGGCCGGCUCUUCAUCCCCAAAGCGUCCACCGCCGGAGACCACAGCAGCCGAGUCCUGCCCAUGCCACAGAGGAUCGGGGUCUGUCUGGACUAUGACGCGGGUCGCGUGUUCUUCUACGACGCAGACUCCAUGCGCUGCCUGUACGAGCGAGCGGUGGACUGCUCGGGGACCAUGUUCCCUGCGUUCGGGCUCCUGGGCGGCGGAGCGGUUCAUCUGGAGGACUUCAUCACGGCCAAGCGGCUGUCCUACAUGUGAGGAUCCUGUCAGUGUCUGUUAGUUCUGUCUCG